UGAGGCAAGCUACCCUUUGGAAAUGUGCUCGCACUUUGAUGCUGAUGAGAUAAAACGACUAGGAAAGAGAUUUAAAAAGCUUGAUUUGGACAACUCUGGUUCUUUGAGCGUGGAAGAGUUCAUGUCUUUACCUGAAUUGCAACAGAACCCAUUAGUACAACGGGUAAUAGAUAUAUUUGACACAGAUGGAAAUGGAGAAGUGGACUUCAAAGAAUUUAUAGAAGGUGUCUCCCAAUUCAGUGUCAAAGGAGAUAAGGAACAGAAGUUGAGGUUUGCUUUUCGCAUUUAUGAUAUGGACAAAGAUGGUUAUAUCUCAAAUGGAGAGCUCUUCCAGGUGCUGAAGAUGAUGGUUGGGAACAAUCUCAAAGACACUCAGUUACAGCAAAUUGUAGAUAAAACCAUAAUUAAUGCAGAUAAGGAUGGUGAUGGAAGAAUAUCCUUUGAAGAAUUCUGUGCUGUUGUAGGAGGCCUAGAUAUCCACAAAAAGAUGGUUGUAGAUGUGUGACUCUCUAGGGCACCACCCAACACUUUUGCUUUCUUCUCCAUCUCUGAAGAUCUGCUCAAGAUGUCCAGCAAUGCUCUCUGUGUAUUUAAAUGGAAGUAUUUUCUCUGUGAAGCCACAUUUUCCAACAUGAGCCUCAUGAAGCCAACUAAGUGUUAUUGAACUUUUAUUCUCUCAAUAACUCAGUGUAGCACUUUAAAGUCUGAAGGACAGCAAAGAUGGAAAGAGCAUAUCAGUGUGGUGGAGAAAGGGAAGGGGUUGGCUUUUUAAUUUAUUUUUCUUCAUCUUUUAUAACAAGGAAAUAUCUAUCUAUAUAUAUGUGUGUGUGUAUUUAUAUAUAGAUAUAUAUGUAGCUUUCUAUAUGUAGUAGCUAGGUGGGCUUUAAUUUAAUAUACUUGAUUCAGAAACAAAACUUAGAGUACAAAGUGCCAAGCAGAAUAUUAACAGUUCAAUAUAUGGAUAUACAUCCUUACUUUUAUUUCACACAGUUUUAUAUAUAUAGUAGAAGAAUGUAAAAUUUUAACUGGGUGUUAGGUCAGCUCCUUUUCUUUUCCUGUGACUGUUCAGAUGUUUCUAUAUAUUGACUGGCUGACAAAGCAUUGCUUAUUAAUUCACCUUAAUUACAUUUUUUUUUUUUGUAACACAGGAGACUAAGUUUAUUUAUACCUGUUAAUAUAUUACCAGGGACUGUGUCUCUUUGCUAAAUAACUUAGUACAGUUCUACUUAAUAUGAGAAUGUAGUUUAAUGCUACUGCCAAGAACUAGCCCUCGUGUGCAUGUAGUAACUGCAAAAUGCUUUUGAUGGCUGUUAGAUUUCAUCACCUAGGAACUGGGAGCAGUUACAGCUGUCAUGAAGUUAAGGCAAAUCUGCUGUUCUGGACUCAUUUUAGAUACAGCUGCUCAUGGUGUUACAUGCAUUCACAAUUUUCUCUUGUGCUUUGCUUAAUGAAAUUAGGAUCGACAUAACUCUGCAGGAUUCCCAUCUACUUAUUUUAUACAGUACUUAGAUUAGAAAAUGUUCUUGCCAUUUAAAUUCUGUUAUUUCAACCAUGAUUGUUUCCCCUCUGCAUUUAAAGAAUAUUACAGGUAGCAUAAAUAACUGGUAAUAUUUGAUAUAUAUAUAUAUAUGUAUAUAGGAUUCAUAUGGGGGGGAAAUCUUGUUAACCUAUGCCAUAGAGGAGGAAAACUUCACACUAUCUAAAUUUAUACCUCUUGCGGUUCUCCAGUCUUUUGCCUGGAGAAUUUUUUCUUUUCUAGAUUUGUCCAUAUCAUAAUUUGUAACAGAUGGUAACUUGAUAUAUUUGUGUGAUAUAAAAGUAGCGAGCCAUGUUUUACAACUUUAUAUCAUCCCUUCCCUUUUCUGCAAUGGUACUAUUGGCUGGAAGAAAAACAUUUGCUAGAUUUUUUUAGGACAGUACAUCUUUCCUGUAUAGUAGUUUUUCUAUUUAAAAAAUUGUUUUAUAAUCAGCAGUGGGAAGUGCAGGUUGUCUGAACGUACUCCAGUCGAGCACCUGUCUGCCAUAGCUGUUCCUUCAACUGAGUGCUGCACGUCAUGGGCUCUGUCUGUGAGAGAGAAAUCCAGGUGCUUGGUGUCCUUGCAUGACAUGAAGUUUUGCAUGUAGAUCGAUUUGAAAUGUUCCUCUUGUUUACAUAAUUUGCAUAAUUUAAGAUAUAAUGUUGCCAAACUUUGGUAAAUGUUAAUGUUCAAAACAAAAAUCUCCACUACAUAUAAUUUUUCUUCCUCUGGAUCAGUACGUGGCUUAUAAUCCCAGCCAGUGGUUGUAUCUGUUCCAGUGUCAACUGCCAUGUGCUCUGCUUCAAGGGGGAACUAGUCUUUUGUGAAUUUUUUGUACAUAAGUAUUUGUUACAAACAUUUUAGCAAAUGCUUUUGAUUUCUCUUACUUGCUUGUGCAUAUCUUGGCUGGCAUUAUAGAAAUUAGUGCUAAUGUUAUUUCCUUAGGGGGACUCGAAGGGGAGGGAUGAGGGGGUUUUUUUUAGUUUGUGUGGAGAAAAAUGGUUUAUGUUGAAUGUUUAGUUUUUCCUCUGCAUGCUACAUCUUAUGUUGUGGGAACUGUAAGAACCUUCAUACUAUAUGAUUACAAAAAUAAAAUAUUUGAACCUUG